ACACUCCAGGCCGGAAGAGUGAACCAGCUGACUUCUCUGGCAGCGGGCUCCUCACAGCUCUCUCUACCACCGAGGUUUUGAGGCACCAUGAGGUUUCGGGCCAGGAUCACCAGCAAGCGUUUUAUAGAGCUCUUCAUUCAGGUCAGCAGCACCGUAGCAAAGCUGGCGAAGGUCUGUGUGCUCCGUGUGUGCCCUGACAGGCUGUACUUCUGUCCCAUGGGGCUGCUGGGUGAGGCCCAGCUGUGGGGUGAGAUGCGGCGCGAUGUCUUCCACCACUUCUGCAUGGAGGGUGCCUCGCAGGAGUUCAACGAGAUCUGUCUUGAGCUGAUGUCUGAGCAUCUGGCCAGAGCCGUGAAGAAUGCCGGCAAUGCUUCAUCCCUGAAGCUCCAGCUCACCAACAAGCAGCGCCCCUGCCUUACUUUGGUGGUGGAGCUGGCAUCGUGCCCCGGCCACACCCGUGCUGUGGUCCACGAUUUGCCUGUGAGGGUGCUUCCCAGAAGGCGAUGGAAAGACUGCACAGAGCCCCAUGUUCGGGGCUCUGAUGUGAGUGUUUAUCUGCCAGCUCUGAAGACCUUGAAGAACAUGGUGGAAAGGAUGGCAAACGUGGGCAGUCAUGUGCUGGUGGAAGCAAACCUCAAUGGCAGAAUGAACUUGACUGUAGAAACUGAUAGAGUGACUAUUAAAAGCUAUUUUAAAAAUCUUGGAAAUCCUCCAAAUGCCGUUCUGUGUAUGUCUCAAGGCAGAGACCCAGAAACCAUGGUGCAAGUGCGGGUGGAUAAUAGGAAGCUUCUACAGUGUUUUGAUGGACAUCAGAUAAACCCCACAAUGGCCUUAUGUAAUAUUUUGAGCAAUACUCUGCUUCAUCUUGUUUUGGUUCAUGAAGAUAUUUCUCUUCAGUAUUUUAUUCCUGCUUCAUGAAUUUCAAGCAGCCUUGAUUUUCUUUUUAAAAGAAUUCUUAAUUGAAGCACUUUCCAGAACUGAGACUUUGAGUUACUUGUGUUAAAAGCCUGCAACCCCAUGGAUUUGGUAGAGUGUUUAUUUUGUUGAGUGCUUCCUUUGUAAACUGUUAAGAAACAGUUGGAGAAAUAAUUAAAAGUUCAUGUGAUUGUUUUUUUGGUUUUGACAGUUACAUUAUAUUCAACUUAGUUGUUUUGGAAAAAAAGGAUUAUAAUAAAAUAAUAUAACU